UAGAUUAAAGCAUAAAACAAAAUAAAUAAAUAAAUAAAUUAAACACCGAGCCUGCGUAUUGCGGCGAGGACAAUGGACAAUCGGCGAUGGACGAUGCUGGUCUGCCACCGCACCGCACCGCAGUCAACACCACCUGAUGCUGAAAUUAGCCUCAAAGAAAGCCAUGGGCUUUUCCCUUCCAAAACCUAAUCCAUUUGCUUUGCAACGUUACCUUCUUCUACUUAGCUCGCAAGGGACAGAGACAACUGUUGAGAUUGAACCCCGCAAACAAAUUCAGCAUCAAUCUGAUUACGAGACGUCCGAGCAGGACAUAACUCAGGUGAGAAAGAUUCUCCAUAAAAGGUUAUUCUCUUCAACCGAAGAAGUAGCUCAAGAUCUUAAUAGGUGUGGUUUAACUUUAUCAGAUAGUAUAGUACAACACUUCUUAAUGCGAUUCAGCAAUGAAUGGAUCUUGGCUUUUGAUUUUUUCAACUGGGCACAAACUCAAACUGAUUAUAAGCAUUCCCCAGAAUCAUAUAAUUUAAUGGUUGAUAUAUUGGGGAAAGCUAAGAAGUUCGAGCUUUUGUGGGAUUUGAUUGAUGAAAUGAACAGUUUGGGGGAUGGUUACAUUUCGUUUCUCACAAUGACAAAGGUCAUUAGGAGGCUUGUAAGAGCUAACAUGUUUAAGGAAGCCAUGGAUGUUUUUAGGGGAAUUGAGAGAUUUGGGAUAAGCAAGGACACUUCAAUGUUGAACAUUCUUAUGGAUUCAUUUGUUAAUAGUGAUAGUGUUGACCAUGCCCAACAAGUUUUCUUGGAGUUUAAGGAUUCAUUACCUGUGAAUACACAAACUUUCAACAUUUUAAUACAGGGGUGGUGUAAAGCUGGUAAGGUUGGUACUGCUAGGAAGAUUAUGGAGGAAAUGGAGAGACAUGGGUGUCAACCCAAUGCUCUUUCUUACACUUGUUUAGCUAGAUUUUACUGUGACAAAAAGGAUUUUCGAAAACUUAAUGGUAUUCUGAAUGAAAUGAAGAUCAAAGAUUGUACCCCAACUGUUGCUACAUACACCACUUUAAUGUGUCUUUUAGGGAAGUCGAAACAGAUAAAUGAAGCUUUGGAGAUUUACAAGAGGAUGAACGAGAGUGAUUGUGCUCCCGACACUUCUUCUUUCAACUCUUUGAUUUUCAUUCUUGGCAAAGCUGGAAGGUUGAAAGAUGCCGAAGAGGUGUUUAAUGAUAUGCCAAAGAAAGGAGCUAUGCCAGAUGAGGUUACCUUCAAUACUUUGAUUUUUUGUUAUUGUGAUCAUUUGCAAGAGGAGAAAGCUCUGAAGUUGCUUCAAAAAAUGGAAGACAUAGGUUUCAAACCAGACCUCAAGACUUACGCGGCGUUGUUAAAGAUGAGCUGCAGUAAGAAGAGGAUGAAAUUGAUUUACUUUCUGCUAAACCAUAUGUAUAACAACAACAUAAGUAUUGAUGUUUCAAUAUAUUCUGUUCUGAUUAGCGGGCUUUGCAAGAGCGAAAGAGUUGAACAUGCUUGCUCUUUCUUUAAGGAAAUGAUUUCAAAGGAAUUUCUUCCUCAGGACGGCUUGUAUGAUAGGUUGAGAGAAGCACUUGAGGCCAAGAAUAUGGUUGAAGAAAAAGAAAAGAUUGAGAAGUUGAUGUUGAUGGCAAAGAAGAGAAGAACAGUUUCUUAAUUAGUCUAAUCGUUCAAGAAAAUAGUUUUUGUUUUUCUUUUUUAGUGUAGAGCUCUAAUACUGAUCUGUAAUAUUGAUUGCUUUUAGUUUUUCCAUUUUAGUGGAUGAAGAAAUGAAGAAUGGCAUUUUUUGGUAUUGUUCAGCUGUAAUGUCAUGGGACUUAUAGUGUAAGUGCCAUAAAAUAGUAUACAAUACACUAAUGAAUAAUAAUAGUACAACCAGCUUUUGAAUAA